AUGAAGAAGAAACAGGCAUCAGUGAUUCCAGUCAGACUUCAAGGAUCUGAAAACGCUCUUGAUCAAUAUCGGCUGUUAUUCUUCGUGGUGCUUACUGCGCUUGAAAUCUUCAUACUUCUGGUCGGUAUCUGUCUCAAAUGGCAUUUGGUGGCAUUUGAAAAAGCUGAAAUCAUCAGCCAUAAGAGGCAGAGUUUCCAGAGAGUCACGUUGACAUCCAACCAACCACUAAUCUCUGAGAGUGAAAGCAGACGUGCGAGUAAAGCCUGA